AAAAAAAAAAGUUUCUUUAGAAAAAAAGUGGGGCACUUGGCCCAUCCUCGGUGUUGUCGGCCCUGUAAAUAUAUUUGGUAAAUAUUUUUGGAAGAAAAAUAUUUAAUAAAUUUAAUAAAUAAAUAAAAUGCAGUUUAAAUAGUAAUGAAAACAGUUUAAAGAAAAUUGCCGUUUAGAAAACGUGGACGCAGUUUAAAAAACGAUAGAUCCAGUUUAGAAAACGAUGGAUGCAGUUAAAAUUAUUUUGCUGAUAAUUACCUCAAUUGCUGUUCUCACUAAUGGUAUUUCUUUUUAUUUCUUAUACAAAAAGCAAAAAAAAAACAACUAUGUUAUCUUGUGUAUUAAUUUAUGUGUUAGUGAUAUAUUACAGAGCGUUGCUGGAUAUAUACCAGCUCUGUUUUUUGAUAUAAAUAUGCAAAAAGCAACAACAUUGUGCAAAUUAUCUGCCUUUUUUAUUGCUUUUCCUUCGUUUACAACAAUUGCGAUGCUCUCUGCAAUGGCUCUUUCCAGAAUGGUGUUGCUAAGCCUAUGCUUUCAAAGUAAUCAAAUUAACUACAAAAAACUGUUUAUAAGAAUUGCAACUGCUUCAUGGAUUUAUGGUUUCAUUUGGGCGGUCUUGCCUUUUCUGGGAUUUUCUUCGUACACCUUAGAAAACACACGUGCUAGAUGUUCUAUUAAUUUUUCUCCCAAAAAAAAUGUAGAAAAGCUUUAUUUAAUUUUAUUGAUGGCUUUUGGAUUUGUUAUUCCACUAAUAUCAAUUAUAGCGUCUUGUUUAUUUACAGCUCGCGUGAUUACUACAAAGUAUAAAUAUUUUUGUGUGACUUACGGUAAAGAUAACGAUGAAACAAUACGGUAUAAAGAGAAAGAAAAAAAGACAUUUUUUUCAUUUUUAAUAAUGGUGUUAUCAUUUGCAGUCUGUUGGACACCGUACGCUACAAUUGGUUGUUUCUCAGCAUUUACGUCAUUUAAAAUACCACAAUGGCUUCUUCAUGUAGCCGCUUUUUUUGGGAAGCUGUCGGCAUUGAUAAAUCCAUUUAUUUAUUAUUGGAAGGACGGUUUAUUUAAAAAGUGUUUUUUGAACAAAAGAUUAAAAGCUACUAAAACAUUCUUAAUAAAAAAUCAAGAAACUAACCAAGUUGACAAAUAAUACUUGUAAUUAAAAUUGAGAAAAAUUUUAAAAGACUUAAUUAUUUUAAACAAAACUAUGUGCUAUAUUUAACUUA